GAUUCCAUUUAAAGAACGAUGGUUAACCGCACGAGUUGUUCCUGGCUGCUGCCUCUUCUCUUGGUGGCCAUGGUCGCGGGGCAGGAUUCUGAAGAGUCUAGCAGCAUCUCCAGCUCCAGCUCCGGCGAGGAUCUAAGUGAGGAAAAGUGCGGCAAGGAGCGGAACGGCUGCUGCUCGGAGCUCUACAUCGGGGAGGAGGAGGAGCUGGUCAAAUGCUUCACCAUUCACUCAUCCAAGCUGCCACCAGACGGCGACAGCGAUAUCGGAAAAACCCUGCGCUUUCUCUCGUGUUUCGUAGAGUGCCUCUACAAGCAGAAGAAGUACAUUGGAAAGAGUGACACGAUCAAUAUGAAGAUGGUGAAGCUGGAUGCGGAGACCACAUACGCGGAUCGGCCCAAAGAGAAGGAGUACCACAUCAACAUGUUCGAGCAUUGCCGCAAAGAUGCUAUGGGCAUCUACAAUAUGCUGAAGGCGAGUCCCGGGGCCAAGGCCUUGCUCAAGAAUGCCUGUCGGCCCUACCUCCUGAUGGUGUUCCUCUGCCAGAGCGACUACCAUCAGAAGCACGAGUGUCCGUACUUCCGCUGGGAGGGCACCGAAAAGGCCGGGACCAAGGACCAGUGCGAGGAUGCCAAGGACAAGUGCUAUCUCAUCGAUGGCAUAGCACCGCCCACGAAAAGCACGAUCUGAAAGUUGAAAGUUGUA